AUGACCAUUUCAACUGACUCUUCUGCUCCCCUCAUUGUCGUCGUGGGUGCGACUGGCAUACAGGGUGGCAGUGUCAUUGAUAAUUUGCAAGCGUCGGCGAGGUCUUAUCGUAUGCGAGGAAUCACCAGAGACUCAUCCAAACCGAAAGCAAAGGCUUUGGCCGACAGAGGCGUCGAGGUUGCAUCAUGUAACCUCGUCGUGGGAAAUGCGGCCGAGAUCGAGAAUGCUUUUCGUGGUGCGACCUAUAUUUUUAUCGUCACAAACUACUGGGAACACAUGGAUAAGGACAGAGAAGAGGCGGAAGGGAAACUCAUGGUCGACUGUGCCAAAGCGGUUGGCGUUAAGUUGCUUCUCGUCUCCUCUGAGCCAAGCGCUACCAAAGCAUCAGGGGGGAGGCUUACUAAAGUGUAUCACUUCGACUCUAAGGCGGCCAUCUCGGACUAUGCCCGCGAGGUCGGUGUUCCAUUCGUUGACAUCCAUGUUGGUGGCUACAUGAAUAAUUAUACAACCUUCAUGAGACCGCGACCUGGCGGAGAUGGGUCCUACAUCAUAGACGGCACCUGGUCUGAGACCGCGAAAAUACCCCUGAUCGACACGGCUCAUGAUCUCGGGCUUUUUGUUCAGUUGGCAAUCGAAUCGGACGAGUUUAAUAAAGGGGACGGAAAAGUCAUUUCGGCAUAUGGGGAGUGGCUUGACCUGACAGAACAGGUCCGAAUGCUUGGCACAGUCAUCGGCAAGAAGAUCUCGUACAAAAAAAUUACGGAGGAGGAAAGCAGAACGGCUAUGUCGAAGGCGGGUUUGCCACCUCACAUCAUCGACGACAUGAGUGAGAUGUACAAGUUCCAUGACACGUUCUGGGAAGCUACCUAUAUCCACAGCAACCGGGCAAAUCUAGCACGCGAGCCACGGACAUUCAAGGAGUACUGCCAGAAUGAGGACUGGAGCGGAGUUUUCAACUAG